CGGAUCGAUUGAAUGGGCACAACAAUCCCAGAAUGAGGCGUCUGUCUGUUGACAGCGAUGCCGAGAGCUCUUCGUCGUUCAGCGACUUGACAACGUCGACGUUGAAUGCAAGCAAUGGGCUCCCUGUGCCGUUGUCUAAUGGUAGCCAACAACCCUCUUCGUCUUCGUCCGACAUGAGCAGUUCGUCCGAAGAAGCGUCGUCGUUGUCGUCGUUAAGCGAUUCCAGCUCGUCAGAAGAUGAGGUGGACUUUGUGCAGCAGGUUCAAGAAAAGCUCAAGGCGGGCUUUCGCGCAGUCGUGGGAACGAGGGAUUCUCGCUUUGCAAGCCGAACAAACACAACUUUGAAAUGGAAAGAGGAUGUGGCAUAUGCGACGGCUGAAGCAGCGUUCGUGGCCCAAAAGAAAGCAUCCCAAGAACUCCUCGUGGCGGCUUAUCGUGAUAAGAAACUGGACCGCAAACGAGCUAAAAUGACUCGCCAACAAGACAAAGCCAACCGCAAGAAGGCCAAACUCAUGGCUCGCAAGGUCGCCGCUUGCAACGUGAAGGAAGAAAAAUUAGACAAAAAAAUGACCAUCUUGGCCGAGCUGCGGUUGGAACGACUCACAGACGUGCGAGCAAAGAGCUUUCACGUGGAACCACCGUGGAUGAGUGCUCAGGAGUCGCAAUUUGUCGAAACUUUGGCUGCGUUUACAGCCAAGGAAAAGGCCAAGCGCAUGGCCUUGGCAGAUAGUAUUCACUUGGCCGAGGACAUGGGACGAAAGAUUGGCACGCUUCCAGCCAUCCAUUCGCCCAGUCGCAUCAAGCACCCGGAACAGAUGGAAACGGCCACGACGCUAGUGUUGCGCUUGGCCGAUGCACACGUUACGCCAAGUCCUGAACCGACGCAUGAUGCCCCCCAUACGACGACUACAAUACCACACGAGAAAGCCACCCGCCACAAAACCUUAUUUACGGUCAACCUCAAGCGCUUUCGACACGUGGAGCAGUGCCAAGGGGACAAGAUCGGUGAACGUGGGUGUGUCGAGUUUGGCAAGUCGCUACUUACUGGGGCGUGUCCCCGCCUCAAGGAAUUGAACCUCGGAUGGAAUGCGAUCAAGUACCGAGGGAUGGAAUCGUUGGCCAUGUCGUUUAGCCGGGGCGGGGGGUCGCAGCUGACUCUGCUGGAUCUGAGGGCCAACAGUCUUGACGCGACGGCUCUACGCACGCUCUUCGACGCCAUGGGCCACGGUGGCGUGCCUGAGCUCCAGACGUUGAUCUUGUCGGGCAACAUGUUGGGCGACCUCGGGGGAAAGGCCAUUGCCCAUGCAUACUUGAAGGGAUUGUUCGGAACCUUGCGGUUAGUGGACGUCAAAUCGAACGGCAUACGGAACGACGGGUGCCGCGCCAUGUUUACUGCAUUCACGGCCGACUGUUUUAGCCGGUUGGCGCCGAAAUUGGAGCUUUUGGACAUGCGUCGCAACUGCAUCAACCAAAUCACGGCCGAGUCGUUUGUACCGUGUCCGAAACACAUUACGUUUUAGAUCAGAUUAACGUGAAAACUUAGUAUUUAUUAUUC